UGCCUCAGGGAGGGAAGGAAAACCGCUCCGUCUUUUACCACCAAACCAAAAACCGGCGGCACCCACGACUCCAUUCUGCCCACGAGGAGCACCAAGAGGAAAAUGGCAUGAGAAUUCCAUCACUGCGCCCGUUGUCCUCCCCUUGUUUUGGUUUUUUAUUUCCUCCUCCUGUCGGGAGGACGUACAAGAUUACAGAUGCAGUAGAAAGAGGAUCGAUUUGAUGACCCUGCUAUGCAAGUCCGCGCUGUGAUAGCAAUCUUUAUUUUGUUUGUGUGCACGUAAAUCUGUGCGUCCCUCCCAACCUUCCUUCCUUCCUUCUAUCCGUCCUGUGUAUUUGGUAGGGGAGAAGGUAAGGUCCUGUGUAUUUGGUAGGGGAGAAGGUAAGGUUGUUUAGCUGCACAGCGAUAGCAUGGAAGGAGGCGGCGGCAUGCCUGGAGGAAUGCUGCCGAGUAGCAUAGGCUCCACCGGAUUGCUGGGACUGGAGAUGCCCCUCCACCAGCAGCAACAGCCGCAGCCGCAGAAGUUCCUCCACCCUCACCAGCAACAGCAGCAGCACCCCAUCUUUCCAUUCCAGACCCCCCAGUCGGGCAGCGACGCCGCCGACCACCAGAUGAGGCACGCCUCCUCCUCCUCCUCCUACACCCCCUACGGCGCCAGAGGGAGGCAGCAGCAGCUGACGCUGAGCUCCGAAGACGAGCUGCAGCCCGGAUUCGGGGACGAGGGCGACGGGGCGAGGCGGGUGUCGUCGCAGUCGCCGACGCCCUCUCCGUGGCAGCGGAUGAAGUGGACGGACAGCAUGGUCCGGCUCCUCAUCUCGGUGGUCUACCGCGUGGGGGACGAUGGUGGGGGCGGGGGCGAAGGGGAACCGCACCAGCCCCACGCGGCCGUCUCCGCCUCCUCCGCGGCAAAGGGCAAGAAGGGACCGGCGGCAUCGGCUUCGGCGACCUCGGCGUCGGCACUGCUGCAGAAGAAGGGAAAGUGGAAGUCGGUGUCGCGGGCGAUGAUGGAGAAAGGGUUCUACGUGUCGCCGCAGCAGUGCGAAGACAAGUUCAACGACCUGAACAAGCGGUACAAGCGAGUAAACGACCUGCUGGGGAAGGGGACGGCGUGCCGGGUGGUGGAGAACCAGGCCCUCCUAGACACCAUGGAGCACCUCUCCCCCAAGGCCAAGGAGGAGGCCCGCAAGCUCCUCAACUCCAAGCACCUCUUCUUCCGUGAGAUGUGCGCCUACCACCACGCCACUGCCGCCGCCGCCGCCACGCCCGCUCAGCAGAUGCAGCAGCCGCCACCUCCACCGCACGCGGAUCAGCAGCAGCAGCAGCUCUGCUUCCACCACCCACCGACCUCUGUGUCCGUGGGGGGGAAGCGAGGAGCCGCCAUGGUAGAAGAAGAUGGCAUGGUAACUCAUGAGGAGGACGAGGAUGACGAUGAUGACAUAGAUUCUGAGGAGGAGGAGGAGGAGGAGGACGACGAUGACGAACAUGAAGAAGACGAGGACGAGACGGAUUACCACCACAACAACAAGCACCGUGCUCACCAUGGCGGCGGUCACCACCAGCAGGGGAAGCGGGAGGAGGCGGACGAGGACGAGGAUAGCAGGGGAUUGGUAGGGGGCCCAGGCCAGACAGAAGGGGCAAAGAGGACCCGUCGAAUGUUCUCGGGGGCCUCUCCCCCGCUUUCGCUGUCCCUGUCAUCGCCAUCUUCGACAUCUACAUCGUUGCAGAGGCUGAAGAGCGAGCUGAUGGGAAUGGCGGGGGACGGAGAGCAGCAGCAGCGUCAGUGGCUGAAGGGGAGGGCGGCGGAGCUGGAGGAGCAGCGGGUGGGGUACCAGAGUCGGGCCCUGCAGCUGGAGCGCCAGCGCUUCAAAUGGCUCCGCUUCAGCACCAAGAAGGAGCGUGACAUGGAGCGGCUGAAGCUCCACAACGACCGCCUCCGCCUCGAGAAUGAGCGCAUGCUCCUCCUCCUCCGACAGAAGGAACUCGAGUUCCUCCGCUGCGGCGUCGGUGGUGGGGCCGACAACCACCUGCAGCAGUAGCAACGGCUGAUACUUCAACCCACCACAAGCGCCCCACCGCGGAUCGCCACCUCAACGCAUCCGUCGAACA